UUCAACAUGGUUUGGAAAAUUAUCAAGAUAAGUAUAUUCCUCCUUCUAACUGGAUUUGGAACUGUGGGGAAUAUUUAUGUUCUCAUGAAUUAUAUGUACACGUUUUUGAUGGACACGGACAAGAAAUCUUUACAGUUUAUUCUCAUCCACCUGUCUUUUGCGAAUAUUGCAAUGCUUUUAUCCAAGGCGGUGUCAACCACAGCAGCAGCUUUGGGUUUGAGAAACGUGCUAGAUGAGACAGGGUGCCACAUCAUUGUUUAUCUGAACCGGGUGGCCAGGGGCUUCUCCAUCUGCACCAGCAGUCUUCUCACAGUGGUCCAGGCCAUCGCCAUCAGUCCCGGAGGCCCCAGGUGUGGGAAGCUCAAAAUAAAGUCUGCCAGGCACAUACCUCUUGUGGUGCUCUUCUUUUGGGUCCUCAAUUCCUUGGUCAGCAUGAACUUACUCCAUCCCAUUAGAAACAGAAACACAAACAUAUCACACAGUAAGAGUAACAAUUAUUGUUAUUUUAAACUAGGAAAUCAAGAAAUAAACAAUGUUUUCCUCACUCUCAUGGCCCUCAGAGAUGUUGUGUUUCUAGGUGUCAUGGGCGGGGCCAGUGGCUACAUGGUGUUGCUUCUGCACAGGCACCACCAGCAUGUCCUCUACCUGCGGAACCCCAAGCUGCUCCACCAAACUCCCCCUGAGCUGAGGGCCGCUCGGAGUGUCCUCCUCCUGAUGCUGUGCUUUCUGUUCUUCUACUGGACUGAUUGCGUUAUUUCCUUAUAUUUAACUUUUUCUUUGAAAAAUAUCUCCAUAACCAUGCAUGUUCAAGAAUUUUUAACCCUUGGUUAUGCAAUUAUCAGCCCAUUUGUGCUGAUUCACAGAGAUGGGCAUCUGAUUGAAUGCUGGCACACUUGGUAA